AUGUUUACCGGCAUCUCAGCCCUGGCAGAUGCUCAGGGUUUCCAUGAACCAGUAGACCCUGCGGAUAUUCCGCCCCCAACUCCAAUUGCCUUCCCCUGCUACCAGCCCUUUGCUCAGGAUGAUGCCACCGUCGAGGCUUCAGGAUAUCUCUCGGCCUUACUCUCAAGCACGGGCAGACGGUCGAAGAGACUUGCCUGCACCGCCCUCUCUGCCAUUGGACUUGAUCUCACCCUCGAUGUUGAUGUGCAGCAGCUGAUUCCUGACCCGUCAUGCAUUCCUGACUUUUCUGCCUGGGACCGGAUGACAUUGGAGGAGUCCCAAAAUGCCGAUGCAUCUACUCGUCGGCCCUUGUCCUGCGAUAAGCACUCACCUGGCUGCCGCAUCUACCAUGAACGCAAGACGGAGCUCUCCAGUCUCAAUGAAGACGCAUUUCGCACCGUCAGGCGCAUACAACCUCCCAUGGGCAAGCCUGCUCCGCGUCUCGGCAGUGCCUAUGAAUUCUUUCGUUACCUUCAACAAAUGACGGUAUAUUGGGAUGAUCCUACUCGAGCGACCAGUCUGCCUUCAUCUCCAGAAGUCAUAUCUCUCGAUGCUGCCGCCGGAUCCAGUGAGACGCCUUCGGAAACUGCCAGUUCGGCAGCUAGUGUAGCCCCCGAGCGUACACGCGCCGGUCACCAAACCCCCCCUGAGACACGCCAUGCACUCGUAGCCGCCUUUGUCAAGAUGGUCGCCUAUGAAUUUGGAUGUACCGCGACCCCCUCAAGAAAGGAGCCCCGUUUGCAGCUUCGAACACCACGCGGCAGCCCUGCGUCGCCGCGCAAGUCCUACUACCCAUCUCGCUGCCAGUUUGUUUUUCAGAAUCCACAGACACGAGAAGCAUCUCGCGCCGGCUUCGUGUACGGCCCUGUCGCUGCCAUCAGUUGCCGCCCAGAGACUAGUUUCACGAUGCCGGAUCCCGAGACUGCGCAGUCCUGGGACCUUGCGAGGGAGCUCAUCUCCGUUCUCAUAACGGCUCAGCACCGCGCCCGCCAAGGCAAGCAGGAAGAACAGUUUGGCUUAGGUGCGUGGUGGACGUUCAAGCCGCGCUGGGGUGGUGCCCCAGGCGGCGGCCCCAUUGGCUGUGAACUACAAAGGGAUGGUAUUUCCGGGGACAAGGAUAUGAUGCCAGAUCCAAUCUCUGGACAAGACACCCCGGCGCUUGUGCCGCCCACCAAGAAGUUGCGAAGGAGGCUUUACGAUAACUACCGUAUGGUUCGUCCUCCCGCCCGGACCUGGGACGCCAAAGCCAAGUACAUAUCCAUAGGGAAGCAAGCUGGUGCAAACUAUGACGACAUUUUCCUUGUCAGCAGCCUAUUUCAUCACAUCUCUAUCCUCCGCGUCCGCGUGCCCCUGCGUCUCCUCGCAGUGCUUGACGGUGCGCCGGAGCCCGAUCCGACUCGCCGUGACUGGGGUACGGUACAGGCUUGGCGCACGCCGUGGUAUGACUGUUUUGAUACGAAAGACAGGAUCAAGGCGAUGCAACUUGUCUGGAGUGUCAUGGCCUACCAGAUGCGAGACGAUACCGGCGCAGUCUAA